AUGGUAGAUGUUGGCAGAUAUAAAAAUGUGAUGUAUGAAGUGGAACAUAAGCCAAAACUAUACCAAUAUAUGGCUUAUUAUAUCAAAAGGGUUGGAUGGCCUCAUAAGCGAAGUUCGUGGCAAACUCGAAAUAUGUUUGGGAACAUAUCCGAUGCACUGAAGAAAUUUUACGAUCGGGAAAGGGCAGUUUCAAUUGUGAUACGUUAUGAGCAACAAUGGCCACAGUGUCACAAUUACAUAGUCUUAUACGGUGGAAAAAUGAAAUUAAUACUAUUUUGCGAGCAAAUGAACAGCAGAUCCUGUAUAUCCAUAACGAUGUUGAUUAUACAAGGCGUAAACGGGAUUUCGAGAUUG